AUGACCGUCCUCCACGAAGCGGUAGUCGAUCCUGUCGAGAAACUGGGCCUCGACGGGCCCUCUCCGCACACCAAUGGCGUCCUCAAGGACGACUUCAAAGUCGGCACGAUUUGCUGUGUCGGUGCCGGCUACGUCGGUGGUCCCACCGCUGCUGUUCUCGCUUUCCAGAACCCCAACAUCAGGGUGACGGUCGUCGACCGAGACGAGCUUCGCAUUCGCCGCUGGAACUCGCGCCAUCCUCCCAUCUACGAGCCUGGCCUGCACGACAUUGUCCGCGUUGCUCGCGACGGUUCCCGCCACUUCUCCUUCGUCAACGAGAGUGCCUCGGAGAGCGAGGUGGCCUCUUCUGAAGAUGCCGACAUCUCCGUGCCCAGUCGCCCAGCCAAUCUCUUCUUUACCACCGACGUGGCCAAGAGCAUUGGCGAGGCCGACAUUGUCCUUGUCGCCGUCAACACCCCGACAAAGGAGCGCGGCGUUGGUGCCGGGAGCGCAACUGACAUGACCGCCUUUGAGGCCGUCACCGCUGUGGUUGCUCAGUACGCCAGGGAGGGCGCCAUCAUUGUCGAGAAGAGCACGGUGCCCUGCCGGACAGCUCAGCUCGUUGCCGAUACUCUUUCCAUGCAUCGUCCCGGUGUCCACUUCGAGAUCUUGUCCAAUCCCGAAUUCCUGGCUGCAGGCACCGCAGUCAACGAUUUGCUCUAUCCAGACCGCAUCUUGAUCGGGUCUGCACCGACCCCGUCGGGCAAGAGAGCCGCCGAGGCCCUCGUCGAGGUGUACGCUGCCUGGGUCCCCCGAGACCGCAUCCUCACGACCAAUGUUUGGUCGUCUGAGCUGGCCAAGCUCGUGGCCAACUCCAUGUUGGCCCAGCGCAUCUCCAGCAUCAACUCCAUCUCGGCUGUCUGCGAGCAAACUGGUGCCGACGUUGACGAGGUCGCUCGCGCUGUCGGUGUUGACCCCCGAAUCGGCAACAAGUUCCUGAUGGCUGGCAUCGGUUUCGGCGGAAGCUGCUUCAAGAAGGACGUCCUCAACCUCGUCUACCUGGCCGACACCAUGGGUCUUCCCGAAGUUGGCGAGUACUGGAGACAAGUCGUCAAGAUGAAUGAAUAUGCGCGAGACCGAUUCACCAACAGGGUCAUCAAGUGUCUCAACAACACCCUCGUGGGCAAGAAAGUUGCUAUUCUGGGAUACGCCUUCAAGAAGGACACGUCUGACACCCGCGAGGCCCCGGCCCUGGAAAUGAUCAAGACCUUGCUCGAGGAACGCCCACGAGAAGUCGCCGUCUUUGAUCCGUGCUGCAACCCGCUCGUCAUCAAGGAGGAAAUCAAGGCGCUCCUCGGAGACGUGGCCGCGGGCAACAACAUCUCAGUCUAUGGCAAUGCCUACGACGCCUGCCACGGUGCCACCGCAGUCGUCAUCGCCACGGAAUUCGACGAGUUCAGAUACCAGCCGGCCCCCGAGCCAGCUCCAGCGCACGCUCCCCAAGAGCCUGCGCCCAAGAUGACUGGUCGCAAGCCCAGCCCCAAGUCGGAUCCGCGGCCGUUGGAGAGGCCGGUGCCCACGGCGAAUGACUUGCUGGCGCUGCACAAGUAUCUUGCGCAGCGGCCAGGCGAGACGUCGGACGACCCGCUCGGCAGAUUCAACGCUGAGCCGUCGUGCGCCGACGACUGCCCCGACUGCAUCCAGGAGAGGCAAAGCAAGAAGACGGGACAUGCUACUGGCAUGGGGAGCGCUGAGGAGUACAAGGCCAAGGGGCGGAUCGACUGGGUUCGCAUUGCCGACACCAUGGCCAAGCCCCGGUGGGUGUUUGAUGGCCGGGGCGUGAUUGAUUCGAGAGCAAUGGUGAAGCUUGGCGUGAGAGUAGAGAGCGUGGGCCGUCAGCACCGGUUCUAA